AUGUGUCGUACGUGUAAGACGCAAUUUCAGUCAAGAAAUUUACUGAUGGCACACCUUAAAGAUAUGGAUCAUGGUACAAAAUCAGAAUUAACGCCAAUACAAGAACUUAUAUUUAAUAAAAUAAAUCAUCUGGAUGAGCAACAACAACUACAAGCAAGAUUUACAUUAAACAAGUAUCAAAAUUUGUUUGAUACAACAGAAUUAUCAGCUAUUAAGACGACAGUUCGGCACACAAUCAACACUGGUAAUCAUUUUCCAAUAUACAGUCAUCCACGUCGUGUAUCAAAUAUCAUGAGAGAAGUACAACAAGAAGAAGUGAACAAAUUAUUGAAAGAUGGUAUUAUUCGGCCACCAAACAGCCCAUGGUCUUCACCUGUAGUAAUAGUGAAGAAGAAAGAUGGUUCACCACGAUUUUGUGUUGAUUAUAGGAAAAUUAAUUUAAUUACACAAAAGGACGUGUAUCCAUUACCGCGAAUGGAUGAUAUUAUGGAACAAAUGGCUGGAUCUAAAUGGUAUUCGAAACUAGAUAUGAAAUCCGGUUAUUUUCAGGUGCCAAUUAGUGAAAGUGACAAAAAGAAGACGGCAUUUUCAACACAGGAUGGUUUAUUCGAAUUUAAUCGCUUACCCCAAGGCUUAAUGAAUUCACCCCCAACCUAUCAAAGAAUUAUGAAUGAUACAUUAGGUCAUCUUAGGUGGGACUGUUGUCUCGUCUAUUUGGAUGAUGUUAUUGUGUUUUCACCAACAUUCGAACAACAUCUGGAAGACGUCAAUAAAGUAUGCCGUGUGUUAUCCAGCGCCAAUUUUAAAUUGAAUGUUGAUAAAUGUGAAUUUUUUAAACAACAGAUUGAAUAUUUGGGGCACAAGAUACAUGAACGUGGUAUACAACCAAGUGACGGCCAUGUACAAGCCAUUAAAAAUUUUCCAAAACCAACAACAGCUAAAUCAGCUUAUGCGUUUUUACAAACAGCUAAUUUUUUCCGAAGGUUUAUCAAAAAUUUUGCCGGAAUAUCAUCAUCAUUGAAGAAAUUUGGAUUAAAAGAUGCACAGAAGAAUUUUAUAUGGAGUGAACAAGAACAAAACGCAUUUGACCAAUUAAAACAAUGUUUAGUUACAGCUCCCGUACUACAUUUACCGGACAGAAAAUCACAAUUUAAGGUGCAAACGGAUGCAAGUGAUUAUGGUAUUGGUGGUGUAUUAUUGCAGUGGACAGUUGAAGGGUAUAAACCAGUAGCCUACGUAUCAAGAACAUUAACAACAACGAACGAAAAUAUCCAAUAA